UCUUCAUCUGGAUCCUUCCUCAUUCCACUGUUCGAGGAACCCACCGCCUCAUCUUAUUCUUCCUCAACCCUCUGUGUGAGUGUCUCCUCUUCUAUCACCUCCUUGCUUUCGCCCAGUUAUCCACCGCCUCAGCCUUUCCACCGCUUAUCAUCGUUUUUCUACAGUUCUGUCGCCUUUCAUUUUCUCUUCUCUGCUUCACACACGACCUUCAGCACGGUUGAGGCGCCAGAAAAGGAUCGACUACAAGAUCGAAGGUCGGGAUCGACUGCAACUGUUGGCCGUCUUCCUCCGCCACUGAAGUGACAGAUGUUGCAGCGCGUUUCAUCUGGGUUUAGGGCUUCGAAUCGAUUGCUUCGAUGUCCACCAUCAGCUUCCACAUCCAACGCUAUUGGCUAAUCUGUAUACCAAAAGUAAGUAUUUUGCUUUCACGGUAACAAAUCCUUCCCUCGGUUUGUAUACAACCGGUGUCUCUUACCCUGCAUAUACAACCGGUGUCUCUCUGGAACGCAUCCAUGGAUACCAUCAUCGACUUCUUCUCUGAUACUUCUCCACUGCUUCUCCGCUUCUCUAUGUUUCGUGCCUCUAAGGCUAUGUGCCGUUCGGGAGGGAGGAGUCGUCUUCUCUUUUCUAGCACUACAUGAACUGACGGUGGUGUAUGUAUGAAUGUUUGCCGCAGGUAAUUGGAAAAAGGCGAGGUUCACAGCAGCAAUUGGGGAAUCCUUCUUUUCAGAUGUUUUGGCUCUGUUCUCUCAGUUGCUUCAACUAUUGAAUUCCUCUCAUCUACUUCUUCUACCUUCUAUCUGGUCUAGAAGUAACAAAGGAAAUUGUGUGGUGGAAGAGUGCAAUGGACUAAUGGUGCAACCACAUAAGGCUAUUGUUGGUGCUAAUGCUUUUGAUCAUGAAACUGGAAUCCAUCAGGAACUUAAUGAUCUUUUUUGGGGAUUUAAAUUCAUAGUUGAAAUGAAAAAGGUUAUAAUUGGUGAUGAUUUAGAAGCAUUGGUAUCAGAUGAGGCAUUCCGGCCUCAAUUCUCUUAUCCAUUUAUUCCUCAUUUGGAAACAUCUACAACCUGCCCUUUCAUCAGUUACAGCCAGAGGCACAGGCAACAUCUUAAUAGGAUUGUUGAAUUCACAUUCAAUGGAAUUGCUAUAAGGAGUAUGAAGAGUUAAUUGAGGUGUUAAGGGAGGUGCUAAAGAUGCUACACCAUUUCCUACCUUGUGCUAAGGAGGGUGCUAAGAAAGAGUUGUUGGAUUACGUGUCUAAGCUCAUAACUAUCAUUGAUAUAUACUUGAAUUGAUAUAUACUUGAAUUGAUAGUAGCACAAUCCUUUUUGGGUUGCCCUCAAGACUUGCAAUAGACAGGAUGAUUUUGGAGAUGGAGUUUGAUUUAUUAAUUUGAUUAAUAAAUUGAAAUAAGUAAUUU